AUGUGUGGAGAUGGAGAUGUGCUUCUUAAAAUCGGACAUGCAAACGUCUUAGGAUGGACGCUACGUGAACUCCGGCAACUUCUGCAAGGCACUCCCAUUGGGACCGUUCUGCAAAUCCAGGUCUAUAGGGAUUUCCUUGCAUUGCCCAGCAGGUGGGCAUGUGUGAUGGACCGCAUACCGGAAAAGAACGGGGCUGACGCAUUUAGCGGUGCUGGUGAAGAAAGCUGGACAAGCAGCGAGGGCACAGAUGAAUAUGAAAAUUACAUAGAAGAAACAGACAGCGAAGGAGAUCAUCGAACUGUCACUGACCAUCAUUCUGCUCACGAAGAUGACACUGCCCCCAUCUAUGUUCGUGACAGAACAGUGCACUAUGAAGAUGUGUACAAGGAACCUGGAGGCACCAAAGCUGUGCAAGCAUUUUCUUUUGUGCCUCCCUCCCAACUUCAAUGGAUCUCCAGAGACUGGCACUUCUUUGAAAGGAAAAGACACACAUUUACUGUGGGUUCAGACAUCGGCUGUGACAUCAUGAUCCAUAAAGAUUACAGGGAAGAAACAGAUAUCGAAAGUGAUCGUCAAGCCCUCAGUGACAGUUGUGCUGAUGGCUGGAAUGAAGAAAGCAACACAGACAUUUCAGCUCUGUAUGUAACAUGGUCUUCACCAUAUUGGACUAUGCCAAAAGCAAACAUUGCCUCAUCAUCAUCUUCCUCUUCCUUGUCAGAUGUAUUUUGGCUCACAGACUCUGCUGAGGAGGUGGAGUAGUCGUGCAGGCAGCUUCUGCCUCCAGAAACCAGGUUUCUGGAAUGGCACUCACUUUGGCUAGAUUUUCACUCUGACGUCCCUAAAUUGAA